GAUCAUUGAGAGUAGUGCACGUGUCAAUGGUUCUGUAAUCGCGUAUUAACUUUCGUGAAAAAAAUACUUUCGAACUUUUUUUUUUUCGUUUACGGAAACUACAUAAUCAGUGCUGUGCCCGAUUUACAGAAGAUAUUUAGUGUUUCUUGCUUUUAUAAAGGAGCUGUGUAAAGUUUUGUGCAUAUUGGAAUGUUGCUAAGUUGUGUAGUGUUUUGUUGGAGUUAGAUUGCGGAUUUUUCGUGAGAUAAAGUGAAAAACGUUCAGUGGAAGCAAAAGUGUGUGUUGUGAUAAGAUGAUGUACUAGUUCAUAAUGUUGCCACGGUGGCGCUGCGGUCGCAUCACGUGACAUUCGGAUCCAAAGAUGGCGGAGACCAGUCCCGCCACUUCUAUCAUAGAGGGCACCGUUAAAUUUCGCGAUGGAAAAAAGUGGAAAUCGCGAUGGUGUGUCAUGCGGAAGCUGUCUCCCGUAGCAGAUUGCGUUCACCUACAGCUGUACAAGGACCUAAAAGAGAGACAGAAGAACGGGCAGACUAAGGCUUCAUUAUCCUUGCAGCAGUUUCUUGGAUUUGAGUCAGGGUUCACGUUGGACAAGGAAUCGAAUACCUUGGCGAUAUUGUGCGAAGACGUCGUUCCAGUGUUAGCUUUCGAUACUAGAGAGGGAUUAAUACAAUGGAGGGUUAAGGUGCAACACAAUCUUGGCAGCAGUAAAGAGUUUGCCGCAAUCCUGAUAUCAUCGCCGCAGACGAACACCCGCGCCGGGCCGGUUCGCCUGCACGUCUGUGGCCCUAAGCUUGCUCUUUGCGGCUCGCGUCCGCCCGAAGUGCUGGCCCUCUGGGACGUGAAACUGCUCAGACGUUACGGCGUCGUCGACAAGCGGUUCUGUGUGGAAGGCGGCUCGCGGUGCGGUAAAGGCGAGGGUCUAUUUGUGUUUGCCGCCGAAGCAGGACGCGAGCUGACCGAACUCCUCAACAUUUACAGUCACGACGCCCAAUCUAGACUCAGCAUGGCUUCUAGAAGUGGAUCAGUUUCAGAAAAGCGUUUCUCCGAUACAAGCUCGUGCAUGGACGAGUGCUUCCACCCGUCGAUGAGGUCGGUGUCGCCGUCGUGGGCAGGGCCGGCCAGCCAGACCAUGCACUGCCUGUCCGACCUGGACUCGAGCGUGGACGGCAACGAGGAGAAGUUCAGAAGGCCCACGUCCUUGCCGCGCUGCUCGAGUUGCAUCGGGAAAAUUUGUCAUUUGACCAGAUCAUCAACGAUGUGCACACCAGGCUCCGUCAUGUCUCCAAUGUGGACCAUGGACAACAUUAUGGAGAAGCGUUCGGAUUCGGACAGAGCCUCGAUUUACUCCAGAUCCAGUGGGAGCGCUUCUGAAUACAGCGUGCCGCGGGGCUCCUGCAUCCUGGACAAGAGCUUCGACUCCAAGCGGUCCAGUCCCGUGGGAUGCUGCACGCCCACUAUCCCCGCCAAGAUCGGCUGUCAGUGCUGGCAACAGAAACCCUGUUGCUGCAAGAAGAGGGUCUUCAGUGGACCUUACGAGAACUACGACGUGCCAAAAAUUCCUAUGCCAUUGAUACAGGAGCACCCGUCCGACGGCUCCGACCCCGCCAGUCUGUAUGACACACCAAAGAAACUGAAAUGUCUCGUCGGGGGCCCGUGCGGUUGUGGACCAGGCGCCGACCCGCCCGCCAACUACGUCAACAUCGAACCAGCCAAACCUGAACCCGUCGACUACGGGAACUACGCCAACGUCGACCUCAGCGCGACCCUCGAAAAAUUCGAAAGCUCCAUACAGAUCCUGAGAAGCGCGGGCUUCAGUCAGGAGGAGCUCGACGCUCUCGAGGACAUACCGGAGAACGACGACGAUAUAUCGACGGCGACGAACAACACGGUGCACCAGACGGAGUACGGCAACGACCACGACGACUACAUGCAAAUGGAGCCGGCAGAAAACAGCUCCUCCAGCCACAGCAACAAGAACUACUCGGACAACCUGAGCCGGACCAGCCACGUGUCGGACCCCACGCACUCCGACCGGGACCCCACGCACUCCGACCCGGACUCCACGCUGGGCGCGCGCCGGUCCAACUCCGUGGACUUCACGAAGAAACACGACGAAGACCGCCUCAGCAGCCGCUCGUGCUUCACGCCGAUCGCGCUCAGGAGGACCUGUAAAACUGAUAACAUGAACGGCGGCUUGCAAUACAAGAAAUUGGAGAUCGUCGAGUCCAAAGACAGGCUGUUCAAGGGAUCAGAGUCCAGGACGGAGAAUACGCUCGUGGCAAAGUUCAGAGACGCGGUGAAGAUAAGGCGGUCCUCCAGCGUGCCCAGCAAGUCCGAAAAGAACAGGGACUCGUCCAGCUCCAACGACUCCGGCGUGUCCACCGGCUCCCUGAAGCACCACAAAGGUGAUUUUGAAUUCGAAACGCCGGUGACCAACUCCAAGUCCGUGAAGAAGCAUCUGAAGAGUAAGCAGACGCGGAGGGGCCCUGCCCCGGCGCAGGAGAUGAUUGUCAAGUCCAACUCCUCGGACCCGCUCAAGAACCUAACGUUCCAGUUCGACGAGGUCGCCACCCUGACCAGGGCUGGCUCGUGCGACGCCGACACUCUGACCAGGAGGAAGAAGAGGAACGCGGAGGGCGACGCCAGCGCGCGCCACAGCCAGCUCACCAACAAGAGCACGUCCAGCGGCGCCUCCGACACCUCGGACUACAUGGAGUCGCUGUCCGUCUCCUCGUUCAGCUCGUGCGACGCCGCCGCCGAGAGGCACUGCGCCCGGCCCCGCUCCGGCCGCGAGUACGCCAGCGCCGGCCGCGCCGCACUGGCCGCGCUCGCCGCCGCCCCCGCCGACACGCUCCAGUGAAUGAGUGCUCAUAACAUUAUCGGGUCGACGGUCCCAUUCGAAAUUUUGAAAUAGUCCGACUGGGGAUGAGCGUCCGACUCAUCAAAAUUUUAAUGCAUCAACCCGCCGCGCAAGCCGCCGCACUCGCCGCUGCGCCCGCCGACACGCUCCAGUGAGUGAGUGUUCAUAACAUUAUCGGGUGGACGGUACCAUUCGAGAUUUUGAAAACAGUUCGACUGGGGAUGAGCGUCCGACUCAUCAAAAUGUUAAUGCAUCAACCCGCCGCGCAAGCCGCCGCACUCGCCGCUGCGCCCGCCGACACGCUCCAGUGAGUGAGUGUUCAUAACAUUAUCGGGUGGACGGUACCAUUCGAGAUUUUGAAAACAGUUCGACUGGGGAUGAGCGUCCGACUCAUCAAAAUGUUAAUGCAUCAACCCGCCGCGCAAGCUGCCGCACUCGCCACCGCGCCCGCCGACACGCUCCAGUGAGGAGUGUUCAUAACAUUAUCGGUCCAACUCGCAAUUUUGAAAACAAUCCGACUUUAAUAGGUGAGGUUGGUUAGUGGGAUCCGCGUUAUGUGCAGGAUGAACCUUAUGUUUAUGAUGUACCGUAGAUUGAGGGGAUCGGGACCCUUUCCAAAUCCAACACAAAAUUUCAAUGGAUUUUCUUAGGGUAAUAUCAUUUAAAAUUGAGAUUAAAAUGGUUCCGGACUCUUAAAUUUUUAUAUACAAUUUUCAUAGUUAUUGUACAUCGUUCAUUACUAAAUAUACAUAAAAACUGAAAAAAAAACCAGCUUAACCCGAUUCGCCUUGGCUUUGGGGUGAAUCGGUUACGUAUGGGAACAAUAGAGUUUUUCAA